AUGAAACUGUUGACAGAAACGGCGCUACUGGAUGACGGGAGAUGCAUACAGCCAUCUGUACCACCACAGGGGUUUAUCUACACGUGCGUCAGUUCAACUGUCUUCACUUUGACCAUCCUUCAGGUGAAACGUGAACAGAAUGGAGAACAGUGGACGUGCGAUUCAUGGAUAAACGGCGGAACUUUAUAUAGCAACAACGUUACCCUAAAGGUUCACGUUUUGGGUCAACGCCUACUGCUGACGUCUAAUGUGCCUGUGGUAGUAGAAAACAACCCACUGACAUUUACCUGUGUCCUGCCUUCUAAAGGGGCAAACACGGGAUGGAUUGUGAAUGGUGUUAGGACAGAAACGGCGCUACUGGAUGACGGGAGAUGCAUACAGCCAUCUGCACCACCACAGGGGUUUAUCUACGCGUGCGUCAGUUCAACUGUCUUCACUUUGACCAUCCUUCAGGUUAAACGUGAACAGAAUGGAGAUCAGUGGACGUGCGAUUCAUGGACAAACGGCGGAACUUUAUAUAGCAACAACGUUACCCUAAAGGUUCAAGCUAACAACGUCUCUCAGUGGACAAUUGAUGCAGGCAUCAGAUCGUUGAUGUAUACAACACAACAAACGACAAAUUCACAAAAUCAUACAUCUCCUUACAAAGUCUCUGAGGGGACAGGCGAUGCAGACAUCGUAUCGUUAAUGACUUCCAAUGCCGAAAAUCAUACAUUGUCUUACAAUGUGUCUGGGUGGACAGACUAUGCAGACCUUGGAUCGUUGAUGCCUGAAACAACAACUACAAAACCAAUUACAAAUUCACCAAAAAAAAAAUCGCCUCUAGAAUCUCUUGACCUCCCUGACAUUCUGUGUGGAUUGUGCAGACAACAGGAGGACAAGGAAUGUAUGAACAAAAUUUGCUUUAAUACUGCCCUUCACAACGGGGCUUAAAUAUUGAAGUACAAGUACAAAGUCUUCUGUCAGAACAGCGGGCUUAACUAUUGAAGUCGAAGUACAAAGUCUUCUGUCAGAACAGCGAGACUUUAACAUUGAAGUACAAGUACAAAGUCUUCGGUCAGAGCAGCAAGGCUAAAAUAUUUAAGUACAAGUACAAAGUCUUCUGUCAGAACAGCGAGACUUUAACAUUGAAGUACCAGUACAAAGUCUUCGGUCAGAACAGCAAGGCUAAAAUAUUAAAGUACAAGUACAAAGUAUUCUGUCAGAACAGCGAGGCUUAAAUAUUGAAUAACAAGUACAAAGUCUUCUGUCAGAACAGCGAGGACUACAGUCUACGUAUGAUAGGCACUCUAUUGCAAUUCUCGACCAAACUCUUACGACAAGCACAGAAAUACCAACAAUCCGACAAAGAAGAAAUGCGGAUCUACAAACCUUUGGAAAGAACUUUAAAUCGGGAUUAACAAAUAGUAAACUAUCUGAAACGAAAUUUUAGCAAACUAAAUGUGGCAUGUAUUUAAAAACGUUACACAAAUAAAUGAUAUUUAUGUUUAA